CAGCGCUGAAGUGCAUCCGUCAGUACACCGACUAAUGUUUGUAUACGUUGUACCUGUGGCGUUGGACGGAUUAAUUGCAAUAAAUUAGCUCUUUUUUGAUAGUUUUCGGCAAAUAAACUAGUUUAUUUUGUAGCGUAAAGUGUGUUACCUUUAAGGCCGCCCGCCACCACUGCUGAACAUCUUCAGCGGACUCGUCGUACUAUCAUCGCCAGAGUAGCAGAAGAAGAUACGCGCUCAACCGGUACAGAAGGACGAACCUGUUGGCCUUGUCUCAGCUCUGCAGUGUACAUUAGUUGGGGGAAUUUUUGGAUUGAAAAAUAAGCAGUUACGUGUGUUGGAAGUGGAAAAAGCUGGAUUAGUCAUCGGACUGAUAAAAAACAGUGCAAAUAGCGGAAAGAUGAGGGCCCUGAUUCUGGUCGGUGGUUACGGGACGCGACUGCGUCCACUGACGCUAAGUACUCCGAAACCGUUGGUGGAAUUCGCCAAUAAGCCCAUACUGUUGCACCAGAUCGAAGCCCUUGUGGAAGCGGGAGUGACGGAGGUCAUUCUGGCGGUUUCCUAUCGAGCGGAACAGAUGGAAGCCGAAUUGCGUCAGAAGGUGGAAAAGUUGGGCGUCCGGUUGAUCUUUUCGCACGAAACCGAACCCCUGGGAACGGCCGGGCCGCUAGCGUUGGCCAAAGAGAUCUUAUCGAAGAGCUCGGAACCAUUUUACGUGCUUAAUUCGGAUGUGAUUUGCGAUUUCCCAUUCAAAGAGCUGGAACAGUUCCACCGGAGGCACGGCAAAGAGGGGACAAUCGUCGUUACCAAAGUCGAGGAACCGUCCAAGUACGGGGUGGUGCUGUACGCGGACAACGGAUGCAUCAAAAGCUUUAUCGAAAAACCUCAGGAAUUCGUCAGCAAUAAAAUUAACGCCGGAUUGUACAUAUUGAAUCCGUCGGUUUUGUCCCGGAUCCAGCUGAAGCCGACCUCUAUCGAGAAGGAGGUUUUCCCGAUCAUGUCCCGCGAGCAGGAACUGUACGCCUUCGAGUUGAACGGGUUCUGGAUGGAUAUCGGGCAGCCAAGGGAUUUCCUGACCGGGAUGUGCCUGUACCUGAAUUCUCUCCGGCAGCGCCAUCCGGAGGCGCUGUACGAUGGUCCGGCCGGCUAUGUUGGCAAUGUGCUGAUCGAUCCCAGUGCCAAAAUCGGCGCCGGCUGUAGGAUAGGACCAAACGUUACCAUCGGACCGGAUGUGGUCGUAGAGGACGGCGUUUGUAUCAAACGGUGUACCAUCCUGCGGGGGGCCGUCAUCCGGUCACAUUCCUGGCUGGACAGCUGCAUCAUCGGGUGGCGUUGCAUGGUGGGUCGGUGGGUUCGACUGGAGGGAACCACCGUGCUGGGCGAGGACGUCAUCGUGCAGGAUGAGAUCUACAUCAACGGAGGCCAGGUGCUGCCCCACAAGAGCAUAGCCCUCAGCGUGCCGGAACCGCAGAUCAUCAUGUAGGGGAACCACUCGUCUCCACCCGAACCCCAGCUAGGUACGCCGCCCAAAGCCAUAGGUAUGAUGAUGAUGACGACAACUGCGAACCGGCUUAUGCCGGAAUCGAAUAAUGCGGAGACGGAAAUAAUCGGAAAGCUCGUUGAAAUUUAGUGAAUAUCGUGAUUACAAUAAGCCGUUUAUGUUUUCCGCUAGACUAUGAUGUAUUUGACUGUUUUUGAAGAUCGGGUUGCAUUUCUCUUGCAUCGAAAUUUUUAUGUAAGAAAACCUGAUUCUACAAUCAUUGGAUGUUUUAAUUGGAAUAGUUUUAUUUUUCAAACCAGAAAUUUUAUGUUUUGCAUUCCAGCUCUAAGUUAAUAAAUGUUUCUCUUAAAAUACCA